UAUUAUUCGAAAGGGGUUUCUUCAAGUUUGUCAUAGCCCCAAUGGAGAAUGUUGUGUGGGUGUUAGCAUAAAAGGAAAGCAAUUUCUAGCAUACUCCAUUUAAAGCUGUAGAAAUCUAUGAAAGAGAAGUCAAAAGAGAUUUGUAGUAUCCCAUGUAAUAUCUGAUGUAGUCUUCUGCGGUUUUAUUGGAUUGACAAAGCCGAAUUCAUUCGAACUCGAAGAAUCCGAGGUGGCGUCCGUAGAAGUCCUCAAUUAUGUCUAGGGGGCCUGAAAUUCAAUAAACCAAUCAAUAUCAAUAUCAAUAUAGUAUAUCUAUAUCUACAAUCUUAUACUGAGUACUCGUAAUAGUCAAUCAGGCAUUUUAGGGUAGAAAAAUGUGUUGGUGGAAUGGGUUUGUCUCUACCGUUUGUACAAUCUUAAUUGAGUUGCACAUUAGCCUCUACCGUUUGUACACUUUGUUAAUAGGUUUGUCUUUCCGUUUAUCCCCCAUAGCUUAUCUCGACGGCAACAUGGCGGUGGUGCCAAAUUCGUCUCCUCUUCGUUGAACAGAAGCAAUGGUUUCUCCCUCUAUCUUCGCACAAGCACAAAAUAGCGGCGCCAUCAAUUCAUACAGAUUUCCUUCUCUCAGCGGGCACAAAAUAAGCCAUGAGAAAUCAGCAUGGGUAGCUCUUCUUUUGCCGAUUUUCAGGUGAUGGUCUUGUUCCUUCUAAAAAAAGGCAGGCAAGCCGAGAGAAAUAGCAGCAACCUUUUCAACUUUUUGAAUUUAAUAGUUUGAUUUUAGUUAUUAUGAAGAGGCGGAGACAGAUUUUCUUGAUGACCAUUUUCUAAAAAAGUCCUUUUAGUUGAGCUGGGCAUUGGAAAGGAAGAAAGGGUUCGUAAACAGGCUAUACCUUUCAAGCUUCUCUGCCCCUCUGUUAGUCAGGUGGGCCUGAGGCUGGAGCAUGCAAGGCAACAGGCGCAAGGUCGGAGCAAGAGUCUUGGGUUGUGGGCGACGCCGCCGUCGAGUCGGGAAACAAUUCGAUUGGGCUGCCUGGGCUGGGAGAGUAGGAUGGUUGCUGCUGGGCAGACGCAGGUGGCAUGGCUAGAUGCACGUGGCAGCGGACAGCAACUGAGACACGGGCGGCGUCGAACAGCAGGCUAUGGAUCUGACUCUGCAACAAUUGCGCACUGUGGGAAGCAGAAGAAAACGUCUUACUCCGGGUUUGGGACCGGUACAACUAUAAUUGUUUGGGAGGAGGUUCCCCACGUAGAUUUGUACGUAACGCAGCUACCUCCUUGAGUCUGGUGCGGUAUGACCCUCAUACUUGGCCAAGGUUGUGGGUCGGAGAUGACAAUCACUGGUACACCAUACUUGGUAAGAAGGAUUGAUUACUCGGGUAAGCUGAUUCUCUUGGUUGUAAACCCCCCGUCUUACUCUGUUUCUUUGUUCUGGUGCGAGGUCUAUUUAUACCUUUACGACUAUGUUGGUAUAUUUUGAAUAUAAUGUGUCUUACGGGGUGUUUGGAACUGCUUCUGCUUCUGCUUCUGCUUCUUUUUUAAUAGCAGAAGCAGAAUCAGAAUCAGUUUUCAGAAACUGGUACCUCCCAGCUUCUAAAAAAACUGAUUCUGAGAGUAAAUUAGCGCUCCAGAAGUGCUUCUGGAAUUUCAACCAAACACUCCAGCUUUUGCUUCUGCUCCCUGAAGGAGCAGAAUCAGUUUUGAGAAUAAGAUCCAAACACCCCCUUACUCUAUACAAUGCUCUAUACAAAACCAAAAGCAGGAGAAGAAUGGGUGAGAUUUCCCACCCAAAGAGUCGGGUCAAAAAAGGGAGUCCGGUCGGGUCUUGCGGAAGAGUUUGGCAUGCUCACGAAUCUGUCUGCAAUAUGAGCAAUCUAUAGUAGCUAGGUGUGGCUUUUGUAGCUAGGUUGCGUGUUGAACUGUUAUAUUUAGAGCAUGUCUAUGAAUAAAUGUACAAGCUACUUUAAUGCACAGUACAAAUUAUUA